AUGUGGAUGUCCCGACAAUGGUGUCUCGGGUUGGUCCUGUGGAUGGUUCCACAGGGCUUUCUGUUAGGUUUGGUGGAAACAGCCAAGUUGGAUUUGUUUCUUAGUGUGAAAAGUUCUAGUGUUGCCACCUUGAAGCUGGAGGACAUUGCCAAUGGUUAUGUGAAAGUGACGGAUCUGAUGGUUAGUCCCGAUGGACGACCCUUACCAUGUUUCAAUGGAGAAAAGGAAAAAUCGGAGUUCAAAGUGCUACGUGAUUCGAAACCAGAUAUAAAAUUUUUGGCGUCUUUUGGAGGACCCGCGGUACCGCCGGAACUGUUUGCCCAUUUAGCUGUUGAUCCAAACCGGCGAUCCUCUUUCGUCAAAAAUAUGGUCCAGUUUGCUGUGAUUAAUGGUUUUCAGGGUUUGGAUAUCGCGUGGUUUUACCCUCUUCAAAAUGAUAAAGAAAGCUAUGCGAAACUUCUGCAGGAGCUACGGGCAGCUUGUGAUAAGCGCAUGCUUAUGCUUACAGUUACUGUCCCGAGUAAUCCAAUGGUAAUCGAGAAGAACUAUCCCGUCAAGCAGUUGGAUGCUGCGGCUCAUUUCGUCAUAUUGAGCACCACCGAGUUCAAAAGGUUGAAGAAAACUUCUCUCAUUGCUCCGCUUUACUCGAGCAGUGAUACUGCUCCAAACUGCGUAAGCUCUCACAUCAGUGCAUGGAAAGCAGCAGGUUUGAGCACCAACAAGCUAGUGAUGGUCAUUCAAACGAACUCCAUAACCUACAAGCUGUUUGAAUCGAACGAAUACCGUCUUGGGACCCCGGUUAUCAAGAUGAAAGUGCGUCCGUACUAUAAAAUAUGCCACCGGCUUUACGGAGGAUCGCUCGAAGUGUUCGAAGAGACCGGCAAGUGUCCAUAUGCUUUCCGGGAUCAGAACUGGUACACCUACGAGAAUAAAAAGUCGAUCGAGCAAAAGCUUCAAUUUGCCCAGGAUCUUUCGCUGGCUGGAGUAGCGGUGGUUGCGUACGAUGAAGAUGAUCCGGAUAACGUUUGCGGCGAUGGAUCACAUCCGAUGACGAAAGUUGUUUUGGGUUUGCUAGAGGGAAAGACUAAGGUAGAUGGAUCAUCGGCCGUUGCUCAGCGAAGUGUAUCGGAUGAUUUUGAUUCCUAUGAGGACUACGCCAAUUUGAGGAUCGUUGGAGAAGAUGUUCCCUAUUCGCCAUCUCCUGUGGUAAACGUUUAUGGGUCGGGAGCUCCAGCCGAAGGGGGUUCGUAUGUGAUCCAGCAAAUCCCAGCAUUGGCAGGAGGUGCCUGUCCAUGUCCGGUUUGUCAACAGCAUCCUACUACACCUGCUUGUGGUUGUGCUGCUACGCCGGCAGCUUGUCCAUGUUGUACCAAUAAUGCCGAUGGCCAGGGAAUGACCACCGCUAGUUGUGGCCAUCCAGUCAACUACUGUCCUCAUGUUUAUCCGGACCCAGAGGAUGAUUACUACGAAGACUACUCGGAUAUGACUGAUCAGCCUCCCGCCCCAGCUUGUGGUUGUAGUGGAGGUUCAUCUUCGGAUACGACAACAGCGGCUUCCUGCAUGGAGACAACGACAACUCCUGCCCCUUGCCCAACAACAGCUGCGCCUUGUCCAAUGACAACUGCAGCUCCACCAUGUCCAAUGACAACUCCUGCCCCAGCACUAUGUGGCGAAGUAACAACUGCCGCUUCGCCAUGUGCAGUAGUUGUAGAUGAUUUGGAGGAUGAUAGCUUCAUGGAGGGACCUGCUAAACCUGCCGGAUCUGCUUGUGGCUGUAAUAGUGAUCCGACCACAGUCAUGCCACCUCCAAUGGAGAGCGUAGGUACAGAGCCGAAAGUAGUUCCCAGCUGCGGCUGUAUGAGCAAAGAGACGGAGCCACCUUGCGAUAUGCCAACUACCCCGGCUCCAGCGGGUUCAUGUGAUGAUUUGGCUGACGAUCAUUUCAUGGAAGGAACUAGUACUGUGGCGCCACCUUGUGGUUGUGACCAGGCAGCUGGAAGUGUACCGGUAAUCUUGGCUAACAGUGAUAAAACUUUUGCACUUUUGAACCCUUCCAUGAUGGCACCGAGCGAUAGCCACUUGUUCUCGGAAACUGCAUCGAAUGCUGAAGGUGAAGGCGGUGCAGGACCCUUAUUUUCCGAACCAGAGCAGAAGGUUCCAAUCAAACCUGUUCCCAAGGCGGCUCAGUAUGAUCCGAUGAACUCGAGGCUAGGAAUUCUAGCUACCGGCACCAUUGGAGGAGGUGGCGGCGCUGGCGGCGGUGGUGCUGGUGGUGGUGGCGGUGGAAUGGGUGGAGGUGGUAUGGGUGGAGGCGGAGGCGCUGGUGGAUCACAAGGAAUGAAUAAUAUGAAUAGUAUGAGUAACAUGAACAACAUGAACAGUAUGAAUAACAUGAACAGCAUGAACAACAUGAAUAGCAUGAACAGUAUGAACAGCAUGAACAGUAUGAAUAGCAUGGGAGGAAGCAUGAGUAGCAUGGGAGGAGGAAUGAGUGGCAUGGGAGGAAGUAUGGGCAGCAUGGGUGGCAUGAACAACAUGCACCCGAUGAAUAUGAUGAGUCCUAUGAAUUCAAUGGGUUCCAUGGAUGGUAUGGGCGCUAUGAGUGGUUCGGGCAUGGGCAGCAUGGGAGGUUCCGGCAAUAUGCCCGGAAUGAAUUCGUUCAGUAUAAGCCACGUGGAUGGUGUUCCCAUCAUCACGGGUGCAAAUGGAGCUCAAGGUCCUUCAAUUCAACUGUCCCCGAUCGCGCACGGAAAUCAGCCAGGUCUGGUUAAGGUCUUUGCUACCGGUACUUUCGAAACAACUCCUGCUCCCGGAGCUGCUGGUGGUGGUGUUGGUGGCGGCGGUUCGGAGUCGAUGAUGAGUUUGAUGUCCAAUUUGCAGGACCUGGCGAAUUCGUUACCAAAACUGGCCUCCAUGAACGCUGCCAGUUCGAUGAGUAACGAACCGAUGAUGACGGUGUGUCCUUUUGAUGGUAUUAUUCCUGAUCCGCGGAAUCCAAGGUUCUACUUUCUGUGCCGACAGGGAAUGCCCAUGUGUGACGAAAAUCGGUUCUCGUGUGCCGACGGUUACGUGUUUGAUGCUGCCAGCCAAAAAUGUGUCCCUGGAGGUGGUGCCGGAUGUUAGCGGUAGCUCUGUCCAUAAACCAGAGGUUUAUUUCCAGAUCACACAUCAGGUUUAAUUAUCCCAUUCCCAUAUUUUGUUUCUCUAUUUCCUUUCCCCUCCCCCAAACUUUAUUGGUUUUGAACCAAAACGAGACUAAGCCGUCCACCGUGAAACAGUUUGUCCGUGUCGUUUGAGGCCAGGAGCAGUGGAAGAACGCGUGUAGUAUGUAAUCGCCAGUGAUUGACCGCCAUUUUCGUCGAUGACGCGGAUGGAUCGAUCGUUAGAAUUGUUUUAUCAGAACUUUUUGUUCCGUUUGUUUGUCGGACUGCAGCCGAAUGCAAACUACUCUAUCAAAAAAAAACAUAACGAAUCGAGUCACACAUACUCUCAAGGGCCCUUGGAUUAUUUUUAACGAACAACAUGAAGGAGACAAUCGAAUUUUCGAAAAUCGGUUAAAAUUUGGUUGAAUAUUUUGUAAGUUG